AUGAAUUUCCUCCGGAGACGUCUCUCAGACAGUAGUUUCGUGGCAAAUUUGCCCAAUGGCUACAUGAUGGACUUGCAGCGCCCCGACAACUCCACGAGCUCCCCAGUUUCUCCUGCCAUGGAGAGAAAGCAUCCUCAGCCACCACAGCCCUCACACUCUUCCUCUACUGGCACCAGCAUCUUCAGCUCCAUCUCCAGUGCCAUGAAGCAAACCACACAAGCGGCCGCAGGACUAAUCGACCACUCAGCGAGCCCCACACCACCUGUGGCCCAGAAACCCAAGAUCCUCCUGGUGAUCGAUGACGCGCACACGGACUGGGCCAAAUAUUUCCAGGGGAAGAAGGUGAAUGGAGAAUUUGAUAUCCGAGUGGAACAGGCUGAGUUCUCCGAGCUGAACCUGGCUGCUUACGUCACGGGCGGCUGCAUGGUGGACAUGCAGGUCAUGAGGAACGGCACCAAGGUGGUAAGCAGGUCCUUCAAGCCAGACUUUGUCCUGAUCCGGCAGCAUGCCUACAGCAUGGCGCUGGGAGAGGACUUCCGCAGCCUCAUCAUCGGCCUCCAGUACGGUGGCAUCCACACGGUCAACUCUCUCUACUCCAUCUACAACUUCUGCAGCAAGCCCUGGGUGUUCUCUCAGCUCAUUAAAAUCUUCAACUCGUUGGGGCCUGAGAAGUUCCCCCUCGUGGAGCAAACGUUCUUCCCAAGCCAUAAGCAGAUGCUCACAACUCCGAAUUUCCCUGUAGUGGUCAAGCUGGGACAUGCACAUGCUGGAAUGGGGAAGGUCAAAGUUGAGAACCAGCACGACUUCCGGGACAUGGCCAGCAUAGUAGCCAUGGCAAAAACCUACGCCACCACCGAGCCAUUCAUUGACUCCAAGUACGACAUCCGAAUCCAGAAAAUCGGCAGUAACUACAAGGCUUACAUGAGGACGUCCAUCUCUGGAAACUGGAAGGCAAACACAGGUUCCGCGAUGCUAGAACAGAUUGCAAUGACAGAGAGGUACAGACUCUGGGCAGACGCCUGCGCGGAAAUGUUUGGAGGUCUUGACAUCUGCGCUGUCAAAGCUGUCCACAGCAAAGAUGGAAAAGACUAUAUCAUUGAGGUGAUGGACAGCUCGAUGCCCCUGAUUGGGGAGCAUGUGGAAGAGGACAGACAGCUGAUAGCCGAUCUGGUUGUUUCCAAAAUGACUCAGCUUGUCAUCACUGCUGGAUCUACACCAUCACCACUGAGGCCUUGGCCUCCACAAGUUCAGCCUGCGUCAAUGAAAUCUCAGACUGGACCUCAGCUUGGACAACUGUCCCAACCACGGCCUCCUCCCCAAGGUGGACCACGCCAGCCUCAAGGAUCUCAGCCUCCACGGACAAACGCACCUCCACAGCAGCGGCUCUCUCCUCAAGGACAGCAGCCCCAGAGUCCCCAGUCCACUUCACCUCAGCAGCAAAGGUCACCUGGAUCUCCACAGCAAGUCCGAUCAGCAACUGGGUCCUCUCCAGUCCAGGCUUCCAAGGCAGGCAUGUUCCCUCCACAGCAGCCUAGACCUCCUGCUCAAGGCCGGGCUCCUAGCCAGCCAAGCCCCACUGAAACGUGCAAGCAGCAAGCCACCCCACACCCGCAUCUGAACAAAUCGCAGUCCCUGACAAACACCUUCAGCAUAUCUGAGUCAUCUCAGCGGGGAAAUGCCAAUGAGGACGAAGCAAAAGCUGAGACCAUCCGCAACCUGAGGAAAUCAUUUGCUAGCCUGUUUUCCGAUUAACAGCCCUGCAGCUGGAUCUGUGCUUUUGUCAGCCCUCACUCUUCGUAUCAGUGUACCUGAUGUCAUCCUGGAAUACGCUCAAUGGUACCCAGUGAUUUACAACUAACACCUGGGUAAAGGGAAUUUAGAAAACUAUAGUUGUUUUAAUACAAAGAAAAUAUUAUAAUAACGGUCUGAAAAGUGACUGUAUAAAAGUGGCACUAUUUAAUUGUUUUUUGUGCAUAAUCAGAAUCACAUCUGUUCAAAUGACUGAGUUGUAAAGCAAAUUUUACUCUUGCUAACCCCUGUGGAGACAACACAGUUAUAACAGUGCGAACUAGAUUUUAUUUUGAUUUGUAUAUAGUCAAUACAAUCGUUAACUUCCAAUUACUGAAUCCUUGUUGAGGUCAAGCUAAAAAACCAUCUUAUUUCAGAAACAGAUGUGCAAAGACAGAGUUAAGAGUAAGUAUUCAUUGACUGAUAAAAGUGAGCAUGCUUGAGCAUGGAAACACAGUGAACUGUGGAACUUCAUGAUACCAACUUUAUAAAAAGUCACUUUUCAGAGCAAAACUACAUUCAAGUUAAAUGUACGGUAUCAGACAUUAGUAAGCGCCAAAGAUCACAUGAGCAGGUCAUCCAGAUGGACUGCUGGUUUGUUCCAGAUCACUCUGCUCACAGCAGAUAAAACAUCUCUGUUUCAUGCCUUGCAUUUAUGUCCCCCGCACGUGAUUCCUGAGUUCUGAGAGAAAAAUGUCAUGUUCUAACCCUGUAGCCUUAGCUCAAAAAUAACCUGAGAAAUAGGCCUUCCAUGCAAAAAACAACUUCUUCCCCUGCCCCUGGAAACACCAGAGUUCACAUUCACAGUUCACACAA